AUGGCAACUAAUCAUCCGGUGGUCAAUGAGAGAGUCUUGCAGGUCUGCAAACACCUGAACUCACUGCCGACAAAAAUUACACCCAAGGUCUUCAUCUGGCGUUUUCUUCAAUCAGGCCAUUCCAAUUUGCCACUCCUCCGAAGACAUUGGGCCGGCGAUAAAGGCAUCAACACAACAAUGGAGCUUGUUGAGACUUUGCGGAGUGUGAUUAAUAAGACUGGUGCAAUCAAAAUUCUGAUAAAGCAGGAGCCCCCAAGAGGUAACUAUCCUCAAGGAGGUUUCCAUAGCUCUUCUACAGUUGGUGAAUAUUUCUUCACUCCUGAGGCCAAGGAGGAGCAUGAAAGGCGACUGACCGAAGAGCAUAUGCCUUUCCUGUUUGGCAUGUUGAUGGGGAUGCUCAAUCGUGAUGGCUGCAAAACCACCGUGGCAGAGGAAGAAGAUGUUCCAUUGCCUUGUGGUGUGUCUGCCACCAAGGACGGUCCUGACAAAGUGGGAGACAUGUUUUAUGAAGUGGAACCCUCAUCGGAAGCUCAAUCCCAUCAGCGAUUGCACAGGGUCAGGAUCUCAGAGCAAGUACAAGAAUAUCUCAACUAUAUUGGUUUAUCUUCGGCUCGCACUACUGGGAUGGCAGCGUUGGAGACGCUAGCAUACAAGAGCGCUGAUACGUUGAAGAUGAUCAUGGAUACACACAAGAAUCUGCCAAUGGCACCGUUGAUUUGCAUUGACAAUAUAGAUAUUGAGCAACGAGUUCACCAAUCCUCAGUCGGAGUCCGCUCAAACAUGCUCCAAGGUACCUGGGGGCACAUUCAUAUCCCUGACAAGAAGCUCAUUCAAACACUUGACUUAUCAGAGAUAAAUCUCUUAGCUUAUACCAAAGCCUUGAAGACAGUGGCCUCAAUGGAAAUUGAACCUUGCAUGUUUGUCCCAACCGAGUCAGAGGAAGAAAUUGAGCUUAAGGUCUGGAAAUCUCAAAUCGCCAAGGUCUUGUAUGAGUACAUUGCUAUCCCAAACCAUAAAUCCACAGCAGUCCAAAUGGUGCCCCCAGUGAAGGAGUGGGGCAGGUAUUUCGGGUCAUUAUUGAACAGAGCAGCCUGA